AUGGGGACUCUGUUCUGUGGAGGCAAGCAACUCAUGGUCACUGUCAUGAGCGCCAUGAGAUUGCCGCCUGUGAAUGCCGUGUCCGUUGGAAACUUUCAUACUUGUGCGGUUCUCGGGGAUGGCUCUUGUAGAUGCUGGGGCAGGAACUCUUUUGGCGAGGCAGGCAUGGGCCAUACGCAGCAAAUAUCUGUGGAGAAGUCUGCAGCUGUCAACCUGGGAGCUAACGUGACCGUGAAGCAGCUAGCAGCCGGGGAUCAUACAUGUGCAGUUCUGGACGACGACACACUGAGGUGUUGGGGGAACAACAUGUAUGGGCAGCUAGGGCUUGGCCACACCAGACAGAUAGGUGAUGAUGCCAAAGAGAUGGGGCAGUUCCUCCCUCCCGUGGACGUCGGAGCUGGCCGGACGGUGAAGCAGGUGGCGGCUGGAGACGAACACACAUGCGCAGUGCUGGACGAUGACACACUGAGGUGUUGGGGGCAAAACGGGUUUGGCGAGCUUGGGCUCGGCCACACCAGACAGAUUGGUGCUGAUGCGGAAGAGAUGGGGCAGUUCCUCCCUCCAGUUGACGUGGGAAAUGGGCGAACAGUGAAGCAGGUGGCAGCUGGCCAUCGACAUACAUGCGCAGUGCUGGACGACGACACACUGAGGUGUUGGGGCAGCAACGGUUAUGGCAAGCUAGGGCUCGGCCACGACAGACAUAUAGGUGAUGAUGCCAAAGAGAUGGGGCAGUUCCUGCCUCCAGUUGACGUGGGAGCUGGUCGGACGGUGAAGCAGGUGGCAGCUGGACAACAACAUACAUGCGCAGUGCUGGACGACGACACACUCAGGUGUUGGGGCCGCAACUGGUAUGGCGAGCUAGGGCUCGGCCACAACAGAAAUAUUGGUGAAACACCGCAAGAGAUGGGGCGCUUCCUGCCUCCAGUUGAUGUUGGGAGUGGUCGGACUGUGAAGCAGGCGGCCGCUGGUUAUGACGAGACCUGUGCGGUGCUUGACAACGAUGCGCAGGUUUGCUGGGGUUUGAGCAUAGGGGACCAAGAGGGCGAGAUGGGGGACAGGCUGGCUGCGCUUGAGCUGAUUAGCACGGCUGCACAGACCCAGUUACGGUUGAAUGGCAGCACGGCCUUGCAAGGCAGAUUGGAGGUCCUUUACCAAGGAUUAUGGGGCACGGUCUGCGACGACCAAUGGAACGACUUGGAUGCGCAGGUGGCUUGCUCCCAGUUGGGCUGGGCAGGCGGCAUUCCCUUGUUCCGCUUCAGUAGCGGAAACAUGAAGUUUUGGAUGGACAACGUGCAGUGCAGUGGCAAAGAAGCCUCUCUGGGGCUUUGUCCCUUCAGAGGAUGGGGUUCCCACAACUGCGCCCGCCAACAGGCUGCUGGAGUACAGUGCCACAUCGAUGCCUGGACCCAGCUGGUCCUCCCCGGCGGUCCCUUGGCAAGGGAAGGCCACUCGGCCAUCUGGGACGAUGCGAACCAGUCCCUUCUCAUCUUCGCUGGCGAGGCGUCUGCGCACCUUCAGUCCUACAGCGACCUGUGGCAGUUCAGCUGGCCCACGAAAUCUUGGAGCGUCCUCGAGCCUUCCGGAGGAGCGCCAACGUCCAGAUUCGCUCACACUUCUGUUUGGGAUGCUGCCUCCAAGAUGAUGCUGGUCUUCGGUGGCCAGUUGGGCGAUGUGGUGUAUGAUGAGCUUUGGCUGUAUGAUGCGCUGGUGAGCACGUGGUCCCUUCUCGUACCCGAGGUGCGUCCUAAAGGCAGGGCUGGCCACACGGCUGUGUGGAUUCCAGGUGGUAGGCGCAUGCUUGUCUUUGCGGGCUUGGGGUCUUCAAGCCUCAAUGAUCUGUGGGCCUACACAUCCCAAGGGUCUUGGCAUGAACUGGUGGUACCUGGGCCAAAGCCGGUCCCCAGGAGCCGGCAUGCGGCUGUCUGGGAUGUGGGCACGGAGGCCAUGUUGGUGUUUGCCGGAUGGGACGGAACCCAGCGCCUCAGUGAUUUGUGGCACUACAGUGCUUGGAGCAAUGCCUGGAGUGAGCUGCACCCGAUGUCUGCAGCCGGUGUAACCGGUAGGGCUGGCCACUCAGCCAUCUGGGACCAGCAAUCCGCAUCCAUGCUCGUAUUUGGUGGAACGGCCGACAGCAACGGCUCUACGACCUACGCCGCAGACAUGUGGAAUUAUAGCCUGCUUGCCAAUGCUUGGACUCCUCAAGCACCUCUUGGACCUUACCCAAACCCCGCCGGACGCGAAGAUCAUACGGCAGUUUGGGACGAGGGGUCUCGGAAUAUGUUCGUCUUUGCCGGUUCGGAUGCCAAUCACAGAGAUGAUCUCUGGCGCUACAAGGGGUUUGAAGCGCAACCGUUGCUUGUCAUCGAGUGUGCCAGGGGUCAGCCUUGCUCCAUGGAGGAUGCACCAAGCCAGCUCACCACCGGCAUGGCCGAAUGUCCGCCACAGCUUCUGUCUGGUUUCUCCAGCGCACCUCUGGAGGGUGCAGGCACGGAUGCUGCGUUGAUGACAGGCCCCGGUGUGUACCGCCUGUGCUGGUGCUCCGGCAGCGCUUGUGACGCUGCUGACAACUUCACAGUGCCCAGGGGAUUCCUCCUCGUAGCUGGACCCUACCCUAACCAAUCGGCCACCUGUGAAAUUGGUACGAGAUGCGUCAUAGCAGGGCUCUUGGGCGUCCGCCUGUUGCCGGGCGACAAGCUGAUGCCACUGCAGCAAUGCGGGACAAGGCGGAUGACCAAGCUGUUCCCAACCUCUGCGCCUGCAGCUUCCGUUGUGGGAUCCUUCAACGAGGCAUCUGAUGUGCUGGAGUUUGUGCUCUCGGACCUGCCGUUAAACAGCACAGUCCCCGAAGCCAUGGAAUUGUGCUGGUGCUCUGGCCAGCACCGCUGCGAUGAGUUGCCGCAAUUCUCCACUUUGGCAGUCACCUUGCGGCUAGUCUGUCCGGCGGGCCAUUACGUGCCAGUCCCGAAGACUGCGAACUCAUCUGCUGACCUUUGCAUGGAGUGCAGGGCCGGAUUCUACUGUCCUGGCAAUGAUGCUGGGGAACUCGAAUGUCCCUUGGGACUAACUUCCUUCAGCGGAGCCGCUAGCAUUCAGGACUGCUUUUGUGCCAGCGGCUUCUUUUUGAACAGCUGGACUGGUGCGUGUGCUUCCUGCCCGGGCAACGCUGGGAGCAACCCCAACUCCACAUCGGAGGAUGGGUGUUUCUGCCUUCAGGACCACUACGCGCAGUUGGACGGUGACCGCUUGGACCGCUGCGCCAGCUGCGCGGGCUUCCGUGGCCUCCGCUGCCCGGGCAACUUCGAAGCAGGACGGCACGCUCGACCCCGGGCCGUUUCAGGCUACUUCCAGACAGGAGACUUUGUGGCCGUGAAGUGCCACGUAACCUUGGAGAGCGGCAGCGUGUGCAAAGGCAGCAGCGGCACCCAGGGAGGGGCCGACUGCGAUCCAGGGGACCUGCAGUGCUUGUACGGAGAUUUCUGCGAGGAGGGCAGCUCGGGCGUGCUCUGUGGCGAGUGCGAAGAGGGCUGGGCACGGCAGGGCUUUCCGAGCCCUUGCCAAAGCUGCCAUCAGGGCGUGGGGCAGUCCGCCUCACUGGUGUUAGCGCUCUUGGCAGACGUGGUCAAGGUCACGGUGCUCAACUUUGUGGUCUCGGUGCUCGCAGCCCGCGGCGCUGCCAAGGGCACGAAGCUGCACACGAGCAUCAUCCGAAUCUUUACGCAAUGGAUGGCCACAUGCUCACUGCUGCUACACUUCAACCUGGACCAGCUCACGCCCUUCGCGUGGUCAGAGCCCCCUCAAAGUGGGGAGUCGGACGGCGCGGACAGCACGCCCCUUUUCCCAUGGCCCACGGAAAUCACAUAUGCCAUGAACCAGCUCUUCAGCGUCAUGGCUCUACUACCGGACGUCUCUGUCAAUUUCUGGCUUCAAUGCCACGGUGGGAUGUGGGCACAGGGACUCUACUACUUGAGCCUCCCAGCCUGGGCAGUCUUGGGGAGUUUCCUCCUUUGCUUCGUGGUUGUUCAUGCGAUCGUGCCCUUCGGGGCCAGGUUCGGAGUCUUCUUCAACGAGCGCGAUCAAGUGAAACAGAAGCGCAAGACGGCAAUGGCGAAGCUGGAAGAGGCAAUUUCAUGCCUACUGGCUUCACAGAGAGGCCCUUCGUGGCCAGACCUGGCAGACUCCGGCUUCUUAGAGACCUUGCAGCUCGUGGAGUUAGACGACGCGGCCGCGGAUCCUGGGGCGUUCGUCACAAAAGCCGGAUGGUGGAAAGAUGAGGCACCGGCGAGGAAGCUUUGUGUCAGGCAGGCCGCGUCGCACCCCUCUCUCCCAACACUCUGCCAAGAGGUCGGACUUGAUCCAUUGGAUCUGGAAGGCACUCCACCAGAUCUCUUGAUGGAGGGCAUGACGUUGCAGUCUCUGCAACAGGCCUUCGACUGUCCCACAUCAUCCUGGCUGCAAAAGCUGCUACAGCGGUCAUUGGCUUGGCAGCGGAAAGGACAGCUUGAGGAAGUGGCAGUUGCUUCUGGGCUGUCCGUGCGCGAGCUCGCGAUUGCCGUAGCCGAUUCGCACACCUCUUUGCGCGGGCUUCGUCUGACUUUGGAUAUACCGGCUCGGCUUCUUGAGGUCCUGCACAGCCAGAUUGAGAAGCUGAAGCAGGAAGUGCCCGAGACCAGCGAGCACCAGAGCGUGGAAGUGGACGAGUCGGGAGGUCCCGGUGUAGCUGUCGACAUGGAGUCACUGGAUUUCGGCUUAUUCACUCCUUUCCCGAAGCCGAGAGAACUGGUGCAGCAGUGCACGCCGGUCAUUUGGCUAACGCUGAUCGGUAUCUGGCCCACGUUGCUCUCCAAGUUUCUGCAGAUGGUCUGGUGCAGCCCCAUAGCACAGGAGGGCCGAAUUGUGCAACGACUGCUUCCUCACCCCAACAUCGAGUGUGGUUCCGAAGUGCACGUGCCGCUCAUUUGCGUAGCUUGCCUUGGGCUGAUCUUCUGGUGCGCGGGCCUUCCAGCUUGCCUUUUCACACUGAUAUGGAGGUUAAAGGACCGGCAACAUCCUGAGAAUUACCGGAAGUUCGGCUACUUCAUACAAGGCUUGGAGUACCGCUACUGGUGGUGGGACCUGAUCGUGAAGCGAGCCGACAUUGCCACCAUGCUGCUCGUGACCUAUACGUCCCUGGCGGAUGAUGAGCGCGCCAAGCUGCUGCUUUACCCACUGCUUUCCGGGCUCCAGCUGGCGCUGUGCGCGCGCUGUCGGCCCUACUCGAACGAGCAGGCGGAGCUCCUGGACUUUUUGGAGUUCGUAUUGCUGGCGGCUCGUUUUUUGCUCUUCAGUGUGGUAGCGAUCUUGCUCAUCUUCUUCUCCUCUGACACGUCGCCGCGAAGAGUCUGGUUCUCGGCCGUCUUCCUUUUUGCCAUGAUGGCCUCUGCUAGCUGCUUCGUGGUGAUGCAUAUCGCCGCCCAAUUCCUCCGGGAUGCUUCGACGGAGUUGAAGGCGGAAGCGGAAGAGGAGAAGGAGCUGUUGGUUGCCAAUCCAAAGCAAGGAAUGAGGGCAACGCUGGCAGGUGUUGUCAAGAUGCUGCAGAAGUAUGCGGUGAACUACUUGCUGCCACUCUUCCAGGAGUCUGAGGAAGAGUGUCUCAAGUUCACCUGGUCGGUUCUCGAUGAUGGCUGGAAACUGGAGAAGACCAAGGAGUCUACGCCACGUGGCAGCCUUCUGAAGCAGGCCCUGGCAGCCGUCAUGGCCCUCCGAGCCAUACUGCUGCGCUUCGGGCCAUCUCGCCAGCGUCGCGCGAUGGCCAAAGCUAUGGAAGAGCUCAUCUCACUGUGGAUGGUACAAUUCGAGGAGGCGAAGCCGCCCACGGCCAGGGUGCUCUGCGCCUUGGUGGUGGCCAGUAGGGGCUUGCCCGGCAAGGUUCCGACGGAGGAGAUGGGCGAACGAUGGAUGCAGAACUCUUUGGUGCUGAAAUCCGUAGAUCCCGAGAAGCACUGGGACCUGCGCGCCCAAGAGUUUACGAGCGUCGUCCAGAAGUUGAGCAGGCUCCCACAGCAGAAUGCUGUGGACUUGGUGGAGGCUGUGGAUGCCAUUCUUCGCAGCAGAGCAUGGGAACACGGCGCCCAGGGAGCUGAGGCUGCAGAAGAGAAAGCGCAGGCACACAAGGACCACGCUCCGGGUGAUUCAAAGGAGCCUCGCGCUCGCAGUGCGGAUCCUGGCCCUGUUCCUGCAGCCUUGAGGCCCGAGCUUCGAAAAGUUUGCGAGGCGGUGAAGCGCCGUGGCUGGACCAAGAUCAAGUGGCAAGAUGGAUUCACGGGCCUCCACCUAGCGGCUCAGAUGGGAGAGGAGAAGGCCAUCGAGUUUCUGCUACGGGCUGGUGCGGAACACAGCCUUGCGAAGCAGGACUCAAAAGGCUUUCGCCCUGUGGACUACGCCAAGAACAAAGGGCAUGAUGCCAUCGUGCAGCUGCUCACGCCUCCAGAGAUUCAAGCGGCACAGGGUUUGCAACCAACGUCGGCAGCAGCAACGGCAGACCUCAUGCCAGACAAGGAUGCACCCGCGGAGGCGAUCGGUUUGGGCAGCUCGACAUCCGAGCAUCUUCCAAAAGUCCCAGCCGAGGAAGAGGAGUCGAGCCUUCCGGAUCAAGAGCCAACGGCAGAGAAGGAGACAGAGAAUGCACAAGGGAGUCAAGAGGUGGGCAGUGAGGACAAGCCCAAGAGGAAGACCUUGGCCAAGAAGGCCAAAGUGCCUACAGGAACGCGAGCCAGCACCGCCACGCCCAAGCGAGCCAGCAGAAGAGGCUAG